CUUGAAAGUGAGAGGGUCAAUUUCAUUCCAAACAAGAAGUAGCAGCUGUAUCACGUGCACAACACACCGACCAAACAAAUUUUUUGUCGAUUCUUUCAAUCAAAAAUUCGAAGCGAAACUGUAAAGUCGCAGAGUAGGAGUACUCACAAAUAAGAACCAAAGAAAUGACUUCUUCGGUAUCCGACGCUCGUGGCCUCGAGCCGUCGCCAUCGCCAGUGGUACGCGUAUCGCAUCCUGACGGAAGCGACGCUCCUGCUAGUGAAGAUGUAGAUGGCACUAGCACCUCUAGUUCCUCUGAAGUAGAAGUAGAUCAAGACGAUGAAGAAUCUGCUUCAUCUCCUGGAGGUUCUACUCAAGGACGAGCGUCGAAAAAAAAGAGGGUCCAAGAAGCACGUCGAAAAUCGAAUAUUUUUCGAGCCCCUGCUACGCCUGGAGAUGAGUCCUUCCAACAGGAUCCGGAGAUAGCGGCGAUCUUAGAGAGGCAAAGGAAACGGUAUGAAAACGAAUACAAGGGUCGACCAGAAUUCUCGGGAGCAGGUGGACCCGGCGUUGGCCUUGGCGGAAGUGGUCAAAUAAUAGGUCAAGCAGGAGGAGUCGUGGGGAAUGUUAAGGCUUCGGUUCUUUUGUUGUCGAAGUCGAUCAUAAAGAAGUUAGUACAAGAGGAAGAGAGGAAAAUGGAUCGACAUGUUGUUGUUUGUCGCUCUUCUCCUUUCAAACAGGAGACCUUCUUCUAAGAAAUAGCAGAAAUUUGGAGGAGGUUUGUCUUCCUCUAUAGAUGACGUCUCCGCGCACCUAGAAAAAGUUGCUCAGCAUGGGAGUAGCGGAGGCGGUGCUGGUAUUGCUCACAGUCGAAGCACUGGCUUGAGACAAUCAGCACCUCAACCUGGUACACACCAAGCACAGGUAGUAGAACGGAAUGCAGCUACUACAGGAGCUGCCUCCUAUACCUUUGGAGGAUCAGCGCCGUCGUCUUCAACUACUGGAGGUGUCGGAGGAGGAGCUUACAACCCACCAGCGACAGUAGACGCAGGAGGAUCAUCAACCGCGCAGCCUUGGGCAACAAAUCGGGAUACCACGAUUGCGGUACGUUAGGCUUUGUUACUCGUGAUGCAGAUAACAACAGUCAAUUUCAAGAAUAACAGAAUCUCUCAUAUUACGACUAUGCCUCUUGUUCUAGUUCUUGUUGCAGUUGUAUCAUCUUGCCAUAUCCUUCCACCAGACCCUCCGCAGACAACUUCAAGAGGAGCGUGAGCAGUAUUUAGCAGCAUUGAAACAGUGGCAGCAGGAACGAGGGAAUUACCUCGAAGAAAUCCGAACCAAGGACAGAGUCAUACACCAACUCGAAGAAGAGCUCAUUGAACGGCCCAGUCAUAGGGAUGUGGCUACUAUGCGUACUGUGAUGUUAUACUACUGUCUUUUCCUAUGUUCUUCAGUAUCAUGUCGUGUAAGUACUAGAUUUACGUUCAUCUUGAUCUUAUACUUAGUUGGACAGCACACGAUCGAACGUCUCGCAAUUGUUAACAGGCGCCGAGCUCCAACGAGCCAAGGACCCGCAAGGGCAGUUGAAGAGUGUAUGGAAGAGGGGUGAUCCCAGACAAAUGAUCGAAUCUGAUAAGCGGUUGCAUGCCUUAAACCGACGUAGAAAGGCGAAUGGAAUGCCACUAUUGGAAGAGCUAGAUGGCCUUCACUUAAGUUAUGACAGGUUUUGCUGAGAAUCAAACGAUUAGAAAUUAAACCUGUCAGAUUUUUUCGCAUAAAAUCAGAAAUUUAGGUUUUGAAAUUAUAAAUUCAGAAUUCAAUAUGGGAAUCAAAAAUUCAAAAUUUUCGAUUUCACUGCGAGACCGUGCUGGCUUUGCAGCAUUUUUGUACUUGGGCGCAAAUUUCGGAUUCUGAUUUCCAACUUUUGAUUUCCAAAUAUACCUAAAUUUUUGGAAUCAAAUCUCAUAAUGUGAUGCUGAGCUCUAUGUUUUGUGGAUGUGAAUUGUGUUGUGUGUGGCAAAUUUUAAGUGAGAUUGUGGAUGAGAUGUUGUUUUGCAAAAUAAAGUUGCAUACUUAUUUCAAUCGCAUAAAAUAAUUUCACAACCUCUACCGAACACAAUGGACUCCCGUGAAUCAAUAUACAUCCCCACAGAAGCAACAUCCUGAUGACCCCCUUCAUACCACACGCUUCACAACGAACGUGCUCAUGCAGUUGAAGCUGUGUGACUUGCUGGAAGGCGAAAAAGCAGUGGAAAUGCUAUGUAAAGUGGUGGAGCGGAGUAUGCCAAAUCUCAGGUCGUUUGCUGAAGAGAUUUAUCAUAUAAAUGUUAUGCUGGGAAGAUGUAGAUGAUGGCGUAGAAGUACACGUAAGUACUUCGACGAUUUCUUGAUGUUGUAUCACUCGGGUUCAUGUCGUGCAGAGGCAGAUCAUUGGGGCUGCGACGUUGUAGAAGUGUUGACUUUAGUACCUCACCGCCGAUUAGAAGUGCAGGUGACAGAGGCAGACCCUCAUCAUUCAGAUCAGAUGAAGAGACGCACCUUUCUUCAGCACACCUUCCAACAAUACCACUCUUCUAACCCCAGCGACGAAGACAUAGAGCAGGACUUGCUAGUAAAGAAGGUACGCAAGUGGAAACUGGAUAGUACAAGUCUAGAUGAGUGGUUUUCGUGGUAUGCAGACAUGAUCACGGUGUUGGCGCAGAGAAGCUCGACAGGGAACAAAGUCCUCGGGCAGCCUUCUAUCUUGCACAGCAGCAAACUAGUGGACCAGGCAAUAGACGACAUUAUUGUUAUGCUGCUGUACUCGGUGUUCGUCAUUUUCUCAAUGUCAUGGUCAUCUGUUAGACAACACUUCCCAUUUCUCGUCCGACUUAGUUCUUGAGUGUCGAGGAAUUCUGAAGGCUUCCUCGGUGCUUUCUGUCUCUCUACCCUAGUCUUGUAUGAAUACAAUAAAUGAGAAAGACCACCUGAAGGUGAUCGAAUUCCCUGUGGUCUACUUCUCUAACAUCUCCCGUGCUCAUGAUCCUGGCUUUGAGACUGAUAUUGUGAAUAGGGUUGGUGCUGCUGGACCUCGCGAGAAGACGGCAUUGGAACGCAUGCGCAGAGACCGAUACGGAAUCCAGAAGACUCGGACCGAUAUCAAAAUAGCUGUGGAAUCGCUAUUAUGGUGAAUUCCCUUUUAGGUGUAGUACUGGCUGGCGCUAGAAGGUGAUGCUCAUGGUGGGAAGAUACGUCAUUGUAGAUGUUGAUUUCUAGUAUCUCAGCCUGCUCAUACAUUAUUCUACAUGAUCACAACAGUCACAGUCACACGAAUGAAAGUAGGUCAUGCUCCUGAUAUUAAAAGUCAGUCACUCGUCUCUCUCCCUCUCGCUUCUCUUCUAACCUAAAUCGAGUUUGAAAACACGAUUUUGAAGACGAAGAAGUUCUUUGCCGAGGUGGACGAAAACUUGAAGUCGAGUCAAGACCUGACUGCGAAGAUCGUCCGCCACUUCAUGCAACUGUUCGAUGUGAAAGACGUCGAGGGCGUCUUACCUGCGAUGAACAGCGUUUUUGGGCGUUUGCAUGAGCUGAAGAAUUUUUGGAAGACCCUCUGCGUGGAGUUCAGACUCGAUCCAGCUUGUCCACCCAGUCGUUUGCUCGAAAAAGUCAUGUCCUCAUCCUCGUCUGUGGAGAUGGAGAAGAAAGUGAUGAUGACAACUACGAGUGGUAGUGCUGUAGGGGUUCACGAGAGUUCAAGAACUGGGAGAAGUAGUCAGGAUGUUGUUGGAAGGACAAGGGAUGAAGUAGAAGCAAGGGAUGAAGUAGAAGCACGAAGGAAAAACCAGGAGUUGAGCAUCGACGAUAUCUUGGAAUCAAGUAGGCUGCAGGCAGGAGAAAUGAAGCAUGACACUGGGUGGACUGCAGGCACAUUAUGGUGAAGGGACGGAUCAUGAUUAGUUUCUUGCGUUUGUCUUGAUCGUAUCAACUACUUAAAAGGUCUGGGUCUACUUGUAAUAUCUUAAUACGAAGUAUGCUCUGCCUGUGCCUCUGUCUACUUCUGACAAGUCAUCGAUGAUCGUGAUUGUAGUUGUGCUGUUUUCUGAGAAGAAUGCGCCGUGGUCUCUUCUAAAGCGAGAAUUCGGGGCAACAGCGUUAUCAACAGAGCUUCGAAAGCUAAGCAAAGAAGCUGCAGCAGUACUCAGGAAACAUUGAUUCAGUUUUCAGCUCGAUCACUCGUGGAAAAGCACAAGUGAUCAUUUUAGCAUCUAGGAAUUUGAUCCAUUAUCGUAUUUCUCGGCUCUUAUCUCAAGCUUACCAGUCAUUUUUAAGAACGUCUAUCCCACUUGCACGAAAAGUACGGAACAGCGAAGAACAAAUAAAUGAUCUGCAGAAUACUUCAACUUCUCACGUCAUGGUUAGCAUCUACAGAUGAAGGCUUUGUGAUGCCAGUCGAGCGCUUUAGCAGUAAGUCCGGGGGAGCUCGAUGUGCAGGACCCAGAGCCUAACCUGCUAACCUUUAGCAGUUGUAACAAUUUUCUGACAAGAUGAUCUUUACUAGUAAGAACAAUUUUCACUUUCAGUGCUGCAUUCGCUUUCGCAGAUCACUCCAAAAGAGAUCUAUUGGAAGUGAUCCUGCGAGUAUUUUUUGGGAUUUCUUGAU